AUGGCCCAACAAGACGAGGACCGCGAGACGAACCCGCCCAGCUCUUCCCAACAUGAUAUGGAACGCGGCUCACAGUCCAAUCACGAGGCAACACCCGAGACAGAGGAAGAUGGCAGAGAAUUGUUCGAGCAGAUGCGUCCCGAGGAUCGAGCCGAGCUGUCUCGCAUCGCAUCGAACUUCCCCCGACACCGCGCCACUGACUCUGGCGUUGGAAUGGGAGGAAUGGAGCGCAUCGAUACGCUGGAAGAUGUCGAGCUAGGCGAUCCGGUUCUGAAUCCCACAAGCGACCAAUUUGACCACUACAAGUGGGCUCGCAUGAUGCUCAAGCUGAUGGAUGAGGAAGGCGUGCCUCUGCGCAAGUCGACCGGCGUGGUGUUCGAAAACCUCAACAUCUCGGGCUCGGGUUCUGCGCUACAGUACCAGAAUAACGUUGGAUCGGUCCUUCUGGCGCCAUUUCGGCCGCAAGAAUACCUUGCGUGCGGACGAUGUGUGCCCCAGAAACAGAUUCUUCGCAAUUUUGACGGGGUCCUGAAAAGCGGCGAGCUGUUGAUUGUCCUUGGACGGCCUGGGAGUGGCUGCUCAACGUUCCUCAAGUCUCUCUCGGGUGAAUUGCACGGGUUGAAAGUUGGGAAGGGGUCCGACAUCCAGUACAAUGGCAUACCCAUGGAGAAGAUGCAUAAGGAGUUUAAGGGGGAGGUGCUGUACAACCAGGAAGUCGAUAAGCACUUCCCUCAUCUCACCGUCGGCCAGACGCUGGGGUUCGCCGCUGCGGCUAGGACUCCGGAGAAUCGAUUGAAUGGGAUCAGCCGGGCCCGCUAUGCUAAGCACAUUACCCAGGUGGCAAUGGCAGUUCUCGGCUUGAGCCAUACAUACAAUACGAAAGUUGGCGAUGACUACAUCAGAGGUGUUUCGGGAGGUGAGCGGAAGCGAGUGAGCAUUGCUGAGAUGGCACUAUCUGGAGCACCUGUAGGAGCAUGGGAUAACAGCACUCGAGGCCUGGACUCCGCCAGCGCACUCGAGUUUGCUAAGUCACUGCGUGUUUCUGCGAAUUUGACAGGCAGUUGCCAUGCAGUUGCGAUCUAUCAGGCCUCGCAGGCGAUAUACGAUGUCUUCAACAAGGCCAUCGUCCUCUACGAGGGUCGAGAGAUCUUCUUCGGUCCAUGCAGCCAAGCAAGAGACUAUUUCGUCGAUAUGGGCUGGGAAUGUCCCCCGCGCCAAACCACUGGCGAUUUCUUGACGUCGGUCACGAACCCACAGGAGCGGACAUCCCGGGAUGGGAUGGAAAACAAGGUCCCUCGCACACCCGACGAGUUUGAGGAAUACUGGAAGAAAAGCCCCCAGUACGCUGCUCUUCGGAAAGAAGUUGCACAGUACCGCGAAGAGUAUCCGCUGGGAGGAGCUGCCGGCAAAGACUUUGGAGAAACCAAGAGGCAACGUCAGGCGAAACAUGUUCGACCAAAGAGUCCCUAUGUCAUUUCGAUUCCGAUGCAGGUUCGGCUGUGUGUGAAGAGAGCUUACCAACGCAUCUGGAAUGACAAACCUGCGACAUUGACAACAGUGAUCGGGCGCAUAGUCAUGUCCCUUAUCAUUGGGUCAAUCUAUUUUGGAACUCCGAAUGCAUCUGCGGGGUUUCAGAGCAAAGGCGCAGCGCUCUUCUUUUCCGUUCUGAUGAAUGCCCUCAUCAGUAUUACCGAGAUCAACUCGCUCUACGACCAGCGACCGAUCAUCGAAAAGCAGGCUUCCUACGCUUUUGUCCAUCCAUUUACCGAGGCACUAGGGGGUAUCGUCGCAGACAUACCCGUCAAGUUUGUGUCGGCCGUCGUGUUCAACAUCAUCUUUUACUUUCUGGCCAGCUUGCGAUACGAACCAUCUCAAUUCUUCAUUUUCUUUCUCUUCACGUUCCUGAGUACUCUCGCCAUGUCUGGUGUAUUCCGGACAUUGGCGGCAUCUACGAAAACCCUUGCCCAAGCGAUGUCAAUGGCUGGAGUACUGGUCCUCGCCAUCAUCAUCUACACCGGGUUUGUGAUUACCGUACCCGAGAUGAGCUCCAUUCCAUGGUUUAGUUGGAUCCGGUGGAUCAACCCCGUCUUCUACACCUUCGAAGCGCUCAUCGCCAACGAGUUCCACGGCCGACGCUUCGCAUGCUCACAGUAUAUCCCGGCAUAUGCAGACCUGAGCGGAAACUCCUUCAUCUGUGCUGUACGCGGCGCGGUGGCAGGCGAACAAACCGUGUCUGGAGACGCCUACAUCGAAACCCAGUACACGUAUACGUACGCGCACGAGUGGAGAAACCUGGGCAUCUUGAUCGGUUUCUGGAUUUUCUUCAUGGCGCUAUAUCUCAUCGCCUCCGAGCUCAAUUCUGCCACCUCCUCGAAGGCCGAAUACCUGGUCUUCCGCCGAGGCCAUGUGCCUGCGCAUCUGCGCCAUCUUGAAAAGGCCCAAGGUAGCACAGGCUCGGCCGAGGUGAGCCAAGCACCGAAAGAAUCAGAGGGCGAGAGAAAUACCUCUGUCAUUCCGUCUCAGCAUGACAUCUUCACCUGGAGGAAUGUCUGCUACGACAUUCCGGUCAAGGGUGGCCAGCGCCGACUCUUGGACAAUGUCUCUGGCUGGGUCAAGCCUGGGACUCUCACGGCUUUGAUGGGCGUGUCUGGUGCCGGGAAAACGACAUUGCUUGAUGUGCUCGCAAAACGUGUUUCCAUUGGGGUGGUCACCGGCGAUAUGCUUGUUAACGGAAAGCCGCUGGAUGCCAGUUUCCAGCGAAAAACAGGCUACGUCCAGCAGCAGGACCUCCAUCUCCCUACAAAUACUGUGCGAGAAGCUCUUCGCUUCAGUGCUAUACUGCGUCAACCGAGCACCGUUUCAAAGAAAGAAAAGCACCAAUAUGUCGAGGAGGUGAUUGACAUGCUUGGUAUGCAAGAUUUCGCAGAUGCAAUUAUCGGCACACCUGGUGAAGGCCUGAAUGUCGAGCAGAGAAAACUUCUGACAAUUGGGGUUGAGCUGGCUGCCAAGCCUGCACUUCUCAUAUUCCUUGAUGAACCCACAAGUGGCUUGGACUCGCAAAGUUCAUGGGCGAUUUGCUCUUUCUUGCGGAAGUUGGCUGGCCACGGCCAAGCUGUUCUCUCGACCAUUCACCAGCCGAGCGCGCUACUCUUCCAACAGUUUGACCGUCUGCUGUUCCUCGCAAAGGGAGGAAAGACCGUUUACUUCGGCGAAAUUGGAGAGCAGUCCCGCAUUCUCCUGGACUACUUUGAAGAAAAUGGAGCGAGGGUCUGCGGCUCAUCUGAGAAUCCCGCAGAAUACAUGCUGGAAAUCAUCGGUGCUGGUGCUUCCGGCAAGGCCACAAAAGACUGGUCUCAGGUGUGGAAUAACAGCCAACAGACAAAGGGCAUUCAAGCCGAAAUCGACCGGAUUCAUCAAGAGCGAGCCUCGACAGCCAACACCGAAGAGGGUGAGGCUCAGCAUAGUGAAUACGCCAUGCCAUUCAGAUCUCAGCUGUGGCACGUCACGCAUCGCUCGUUCCAGGGAUUCUGGCGCGAGCCAUCUUAUGUCUGGGCGAAAUUGCUGCUGGGGACGCUGUCAUCGAUCUUCAUUGGGUUCACCUUCUUCAAACCCGACAGCUCUUUGCAGGGAUUCCAGGAUGUCUUGUUCAGCGCUUUCAUGCUGACUUCGAUCUUUUCAACAUUGGUGCAGCAGAUCAUGCCCAAGUUCGUGGUCCAACGCUCUUUGUAUGAAGUGCGGGAACGACCUUCGAAGGCCUAUUCAUGGGCAGCGUUCCUGAUUGCCAAUGUCAUCAUUGAAAUCCCAUACCAAGUGCUUGUCGGAGUCAUCGCUUGGGCCAGCUACUACUACCCAGUAUACGGAGCAGCGCAAGCAUCGCAACGACAGGGCCUGAUGCUGCUCUUUGUGGUGCAGUUCUACAUCUUCACAUCCACAUUCGCAUCGCUGGUGAUCUCGGCCCUACCCGACGCAGAAACCGGUGGCACCAUCGCCACCCUCAUGUUUAUCAUGACUCUGACCUUCAACGGUGUUAUGCAACCGCCCAGUGCCCUCCCUGGGUUCUGGAUCUUCAUGUACCGUGCCUCUCCACUAACAUAUCUGAUUUCCGGGAUUACCGCGACUGGACUGCAUGGUCGUCAAAUCCACUGCGCUGGCGCCGAGCUGAGCGUGUUCGAUCCGCCGACUGGACUAAGUUGCGGCGCAUACCUGAACCGGUACGUCCAGGCUGCUGGUGGACAGCUGUACAAUCCAAACGCCACGAGCGGCUGCGAGUAUUGUCAGCUGCGGAAUGCGGAUCAGUACCUAGCCGCUAGCAAUAUCUUCUACAACGAGCGCUGGCGCAACUUUGGCCUCGGCUGGGUCUAUAUCGGGUUCAAUGUCUGCGGCACUGUUCUGCUGUACUACAUGUUCCGGGUCAAGCACUAUAACCCGACGUCUCUGGUGCGAGGAAUUUGCCGGGGCGCCUCAUUUGUGUGUCGCGUGUUCAAGCGGCGGUCCGGGCAAACGCCCAAGGGGAAGGAGGCGGAUAAUGGCCGGUUGGUGUAG